UUCGCGGUCCAUUUACCAACCCCAGUUACGGUCAACGUACCAUCCCCAGCUAAAUUUAAACCGGUCAGUAUUAUAUAAGUUAAGAUUUUGGUCGACUAUCCAUUAUCAAAGGAGUAUUGGAAGACUUGUAUAAUGAGGAUUGGAACUUUACUAAAAACCCUUGUCUGUGUCGGCAUUGCAACUGCCUAUCCGAAUUUCAAAGACAUCAUUCCGAAUGGGAACGGAGUACCACAUCCAUGUAAAGCGAACUACGUGUGGCAUGGUGUAGGCCACAACAAUCCACUUGGAGGUGGAAGUAGAAACCAGUUUGGUUUAGAUUUUAAAGCAGCAGGAACGUCAUGGACACCUGAAUUGUGUAGAAAAGAUUCCGACGGAGACGGACGAACAAAUGGCGAAGAACUUGGAGAUCCUGAAUGUGUCUGGAAGCAAGGGGACUUUCCAUCACGUUUAACAGAUAUUACACACCCAGGAGUUUGUACAUUAUCAGAUGGGUCUGUAUGCGAUGCUGACAAGGGAUGGGUAGAUUGUCAAGUGGAAGAUGGACUGAAAAACUGCGAUGUUAUAAAAGAACCAGAUACAUUAAAUACAACCAUUCGCUUUCCUGAGACAGCAGUGCCAGCUGAAGAAACAACGUAUUCCUGUAUGAUCUUCAAUCUUCCUUCUGACCAAGAUUAUCAUCUGAUGGCAUAUGAACCUUACAUAGAUAAUGAGAAUGUCAUGCAUCAUAUAUUAAUUUACGGAUGUGAUCCGAAUGAGGACCCAGUGCCAGACGAACAACUCAACAAAGUCACCAAGUGUGGCAUGGGAGCAGGUGGUAGCUGUAAUAAAAUGAUUGGACUAUGGGCGGUUGGAUUUACAGGAUAUUGCAUAGAUGGACCAAUGGGAUUCCGGUUUGGCAAAAGUGGAUUCAAACAGGCCGCAAUUGAGUUUCACUGGAAUAAUCCACAGCAAGUAGCGGAUUGGAAAGAUUCCUCGGGAGUAACUCUUUAUUAUACCCCAAAACUUCGAACAAAUGAUGCUGCCAUUAUGCAGAUUGGUCAGUCACAUAUUGAAAUUCCACCUGGACAGCAGAGUUAUACAGUAGUUGGGAAAUGCCAUUCGGAAUGUACAAGAAAAUUAAUACAGGCACCAAUAAGCAUAUUCUGGGCUACAAACCAUAUGCAUUAUUUAGGACAUGAAAUGAAUAUUCAGGUAUACAGAGAUGGUGUGUUUUAUACAGAACUUACUAAUGAUGCAAUCUAUAACUAUGACAGUCCUGUAGAAAACAAGUACUCAACUGCAGUUCAAGUGCUACCAGGAGACGAAAUUGUAACAACAUGCAAAUUCAAAUCACUUUCGAGGCCAAAAACAACGUUUUAUGGUGAUGCUACAAGUGACGAGAUGUGUUUCGGAUUCCUGGCUUUUUACCCUGCUGCAAACAUGCCAUUCUCUACGUGUACAGCAUGGAAAGAUAUCUCAAUGUGCAAUUUGUGGAUUACACAAGAACAUGAAGAUUGCAAAUGGGCUGAUUUUAUAUAUGUCAAUGCCAAUGAAACAAAGCGCGUUAAGGAUGAAGUACUGGCAAAUUGUAAACCGUUCGGAAAUUGUCUAUCUGAAUGCAAAGCGACACUUGAGAUCCUUUUUGCAGAGCAUCCAUGCAUGAAAGGUGACGUAUACGAAUUGAUCAGACGAAUGUCUCUUCAGUGGGACAAUAAAGAAAUGCAGGCAUUCAUUGUAGCAGUUGAUUCAUGUAAAGCUGAAAUGGCUGCCGAUGCAUACCUUCAAAAUCUUACAAAUGACAAUAUUAAUGGAUCUGCCCGCUUGGGUGGGAUCAGUUCACUGCUGCUGUUAACUCUGAUUAUGUUUAUUAUGAACACAUAAAUAUUCUUUACCCUUUGUAUUCUUUAAUCAAAAGUUCAAUAAGAGUUAAAA